AACUAAGCAUGAAGCAUGACAUGGCAAAGACGUGGUCUCCACUCUCGCCGGAAAAAAAAGAAGAAGAGAAAACCCAGACGUCCGUUCUUCUUCCGUCCUCUGACCUUUAUUUCUUGUCUCCAUCAUUGCAAUGUCUCUCUUAACACCAUAGCCACUACGAAGGUACCUUCGAUGAAACCUUCCUUCCCCUUCAGAUCCUCGUCACACUCGGCAAUGGUGGAACAGAAACAGAGGAUCCUAACCUCCCUCGCCAGAAUCGGCGAUCGGGACACUUACCAGAUCGCAGUGGACGACCUCGAGAAAGUCGUCCUCUCCGUCUCCGACUCCCCCGAAACCCUCCCUGUCCUCCUCCACUGCCUCUUCGACUCCUCCGCCGAUCCUAAACCCCCCGUGAAGCGAGAAUCCACGCGCCUCCUCUCCUUCCUCUGCCUCACCUACUCCGAUCUCACCUCCUCGCAGCUCGCCAAGAUCAUCUCGCACAUCGUCAAGCGCCUCAAGGACGCGGACAACGGAGUCCGGGACGCGUGUCGCGACGCCAUUGGCUCUCUCUCGGAGAAGUUUCUGACGGAGGGGGACGGUGGUGGGGCUUCGAUGGUGGGGCUCUUUGCCAAGCCUCUGUUCGAGGCUAUGGCGGAGCAGAACAAAAGCUUGCAGUCUGGUGCUGCCAUUUGUAUGGGGAAGAUGGUUGAUUCUGCGACGGAGCCUCCCGUUGCGGCUUUUCAGAAGCUCUGCCCUAGAAUCUCUAAGCUUUUGAAUAGCCCUAACUAUCUUACUAAGGCUUCUCUCCUGCCUGUUGUUGGAAGCUUGUCUCAGGUUGGAGCUAUUGCACCCCAGAGCUUGGAAUCAUUGCUGCACAGCAUCCAUGAGUGCCUUAGAUGUACUGAUUGGGUUACUCGUAAGGCAGCCUCUGAUGUCUUGAUAGCCUUGGCCGUCCAUUCUACCAGUUUGGUUGCAGACAAAACGGAUUCCACUCUUACAGUUCUCGAGGCCUGUCGUUUUGAUAAGAUAAAACCUGUUAGAGAGAGCUUGUCCGAAGCACUAAACGUCUGGAAGAACAUUGCCGGGAAAGGUGAAUCUGGAACAUCAGUCGACCAGAAGGAUGUGUCAUCUGAGCAAUGUACAUUGGAAACAAAUGGAGAAACCGAUCCGGUGAUGCAAGGCUCUUCAGAUGACUUGAGCAGUAACUCAGAUUCCAUCUCGAAAGCAGUUCUCAUCUUGAGGAAGAAAGCACCUAGGUUGACUGGCAAAGAUCUUAACCCAGAGUUUUUCCAAAAACUAGAGAAAGGAGACUCUGGAGAUAUGCCUGUUGAAGUUAUUCUUCCCUCUAGGCAAAAGAACUCGUCGAACUCAAACACAGAGGAUGAAUCAGACGCCAAUGCUUCAGUAUCGAGGAGUCGGCCAAAAGGUUUGUGCAGAAUAGCAGGUGCACAUCCCAAACAACAACAUUUUGGAGAUUUUGCAAGAGCAUUUGAGGCAGAUGAGACCGAAGUAAUCCAGGCGGAGGCAUCAUCUGAAAGCAGAGGGGAUUGGCCACCUUUACAGAGGCAGUUAUUGCACUUGGAGAGACAACAAACCCACAUAAUGAACAUGUUGCAGGAUUUCAUGGGUGGUUCACAUGACGGCAUGAGAAGUUUGGAGAACCGUGUGAGAGGUCUUGAGAGGAUCGUUGAAGAGAUGUCAAGAGAAAUGUCUAUACAACCUGAUGCGAGGGGAAAGGCGGGUGCACCACGGAGGUCUAAUGUAGAUGGAUGGGAUGGUCCUUGCUAUGCUUCUUCGAGAAACGCUCAGACCAGCUCGAGAAGAACACGUGGCAAUGGUCCUAUGGAGUCCGAGCACUCAGGUAACAGCAGAAGAGCAUGGGACAAAAGCUCUGUACAAAUCAGACUAGGUGAAGGACCUUCUGCUAGAAGCGUAUGGCAAGCUUCAAAAGAUGAAGCUACACUCGAAGCUAUACGUGUGGCUGGAGAAGACGGUGGAGGAACGUCAAGGACAAGGAGAGUAUCUAUUCCCCAAGCAGAAGCAAUAAUGGAAGACGAUGACAAUGAUGACCGUAGAGGACAAGAGCGGGACCCUGUCUGGAGUUGUUGGAGCAAUGCGAUGCACGCACUCCGAGUUGGUGAUACAGAUUCUGCAUUUGCUGAGGUGUUAUCAACCGGUGACGAUCUUUUGCUUGUCAAGUUAAUGGACAAGACAGGUCCCGUUCUUGAUCAACUGUCGUGUGAUAUUGGAAACGAGGUUCUCAAUUCUAUUGCACAGUUUCUCCCGGAUCAUACUCUGUUUGACGUAUGUCUAUCUUGGAUUCAACAGCUGCUAGAAGUAAGUGUAGAAAACGGAGCAGACUUUAUGGGAAUACCAUUGGAGUUAAAAAAGGAGAUUCUGUUGAAUCUACAUGAAGCUUCUUUAACAAUGGAUCCUCCUGGAGACUGGGAAGGUCUAGCUCCUGACCAUCUUUUGUUGCAAUUAGCAUCUAACUGGAACAUCGAGCUCCAACAUUUCGACCAGUAAAAUGUUUUUAAAACACAUUACACUGUACAGAUGUGAUGAUUCUUUCACUCGUGCAAACAAAUGUUCUUUGAUGAAUUAUGAUUCUUUUAUGACAGCUA